AUGAAGGCAUUUUUUCAUCGUUUACAUCUUGGAGGGGGCACCAAGGACAAGGACAAGGACUCUGCUGUGCAAACGGCUGCACCCAAGGAAAAAUUCCCUCCUCUUCGUUCAUGGCCACCUCAAGAGGAAUCACCGCAGCAGCGCCCGUCCUCUACUCCAGCAUCUCUCGCAUCUUUCAAACCUCUUCCUGAUAUCGUCCCUUCUCAAAUUGCUUCCCAACUUUCCACACGUCCCUUACCUUCCAUCGACCAGCCGCUCCCUUCCGAACCAAUAACGAUCACUCCGACCCCUGCCUACGAAUCUCCUUCGCCAUCUCGUCAACCGGAUCUCCUACCAGAGCUUACCGCUUUCCCCUAUACAGAACCAGUAUCCAACGGCACUUCACGUAAACAUGUAAAUGGAAGUGCAACCACCGCUACUACCAUCACUACCACUACAACCGAUGUGCAGAAGAAAGUCGCUUUUAUAUCCCCUCCUCCAACCCCAAUACCCACUACGCUUGAUCGCACGUUGUCCGAUACACCUGUCAAUGGCACGCCUCCAGCUGUACUCAAAACAACCGUGUCGCGUUUUCAGGCGACUUACGGCAAGGAGCCUCGUGGCUCUAUAUCAACCGCUGCAUCGUCCUCAAAAGCCGACGUUGCUACCGCUACCAAGACAAGCGUGAAAGCCACUUCGACGCGAACCGCCUCACCCUAUCUUCAGAAGGGCUACGAAGGCACAUCCGUUCAAUCUCUGCGUUCUGGCACACCAUAUUCCCAAAUGUCCAGUAGCGGAAGCCGUAUCCUUGCAGCCCAAUCGUGGAGUGAGGUCACGGAAGAGGACCUCGUUUCUAACCUUGGGUCGCGUGAGCGUACCCGACAAGAAGUCUUGUUUGAAAUCAUCUCAAGUGAAGAGAGAUACGUCCAAGAACUGGUCAAAAUGAAGGACACAUUCAUUGACCCUUUAUUACACCCUUAUUCUGUUCCCACUUCCCCGAUGGCUUCCACCCCGAAUUUGGAUUACGAUUAUUAUCGUGCGGAAUCUCCCUUUGAAUCAGCUGAUGAUUUACCACCCAUUGCCGCCCGUUUCAUGUCGCCAACACCCGGAAUGAGUUCAAAUCCGUCCUCACGUCCCAAGGAAAUCCCAAUUGUUGAUGCGGAAUCCUUAGAGACUGAUGAGGAUGACGAAGCAGGGGAUAAGGCUGGCAGAUUGUAUGACUCAAGAAGACAAGGGUCAUCGAAACAUGAUCAUCCCCGAUCACCAUAUCGAAGUAUGUCGAAUCGCCCUGCAGUGAGGCAGGUGGGCGGCGUCUCCGUCCCGUUCCCUUCCCGGUCUCACCAUUCACUACCGCCUCCUGUGCGUGGCAACCCACCAAAUUCAUCGACCCAUUCUCUAGGUCGUCAAUCAACUAUCGUAGAGCGCGAUCGAGAACGUAAGUCUAGCCAUGGCCAGGGGGAAGGUUCACCAAAGCCCAGCAUGUUGAGGAAGUUCAAGAAAAGCCAGACGUCAGCGGAAGGUGUCCUUGGAAACACUAUUGCCCCCCAUCAGCUUCCUGAAGAUUUACGCAUCUGCCUGGAGGUUAUCGAUAGCGGCGUGUUUGACGGCCAUAAGAGACUCUCAGAGGCGUUGAAAAAACGCUACGAUGAUCAGUUUCCCUUGGUACGAUCACUUGCAGACGUUUUUGUAUCAAAUUCCGAUAUCUUUCACGGUUACGCCACCUACGUUCUCCAUUUGGAGCGCGCUUUAGGUCAAGUGGACGCCGCUUUAUCUAACGUUUCGACAAAGAAACCCAAGAAACAAGACGCAGGCGAGUGGUUGAAAGUUUGCAAAUUCCUCCAGAAAUUGGAGGAGGAUGCUUCGGAUAAGGGCGAAACCGGCUUAGCUAUCACGUUGUCAAAACCUUUUCAAAGGCUUCUCAAAUACCCCCUUCUCUUUCAGAAUCUCCUCUUCCAUACCGACCCCAGUACCUUCGAGUAUGAAAGCACGUUACAGAUGGUUGCUGAAGUCGAAAACAUUGUUCGGAGCAUUGAAGACGAAAAGAUUCAGAAGGAGGAACGGGACAAGACGCGAGAUGUAUUCGCGCGUAUUGAAGGUUUAGACAAAGUCAAGCAGCUGGCUUUGCCAAAGCCGUCACGCGUUCUUAUAGAAGAACGGCUGUGCACCCCUGGAUUGAGCCCUUUGAACGGUCUAGCGAAGGCUGUAUCCCCUCCGCCGGUUGUCAAUGCUAAAGGGGUACGGGGCAAGUCUUCGUUCAAGCGUCUUAGCGACGUUCUCAGCAGCAACGGAGUAGGGGGAAAGAAAGACCUUUGGUUUGUUGUCUUCAAUGAUGUCGUGCUGCAAUGCCAGCGAACUGGAACCACGUCCUUGCCAUUGGUGGCUGCGAUGAACUCUCGUACAAAUUCAAUGCCAGAGUUGCAAGGUAAAGCAAAGUAUGCGACAACAGGUCGUCGAACUUCCUACACUAAACCUCGUAACCUGUAUAAAUUCAUCAAGAUUGAGAUUUGGGCCAUAGGAGACGUCAUGCAGCCUGGAGAAGGCAUCGUCUCGAUGGAAGAUGUUGUUCGAUCGCGAACGCAAGCGCUCACCAAUCAGCCAAAGAUCGUUCCACUCCCCGCCGAUGACGAUGACGAUGGAGAUUCAUCCGACUCUGAUAAGAAGAGCAAAAUGAGCUUUUCUUACUGGGGUGCUGAUAAAGUCACAGUACAAAAGCCUAUCAUCAAAGGUCGACCUCUUGGCGUGACUACUACGAGAAGGGGAGGAUCGUCUGCCUAUGGCAGAGAGUCCUCAGCUAAUGCCAAAUUUGGUAACAGACUUGUUUCAGAUGGAUCUUCACAUGCACGUCCUUCCAGCAGGCGGACACAGGUAACCCCAACGUCACGCCGACAGCCACUAUCUGAAGAGGGCCCCAACUACGCAAGAGCUACGGUGACGAGACCGGCUUGGGAUACCAGUACACGAUCCCCACUGCCGCCUUCUUCUAAACGAUCUCGCAACACUUCUCAGGCCAGCGCAGCGACAAAAACCACCGUUCCAACUACUCCCCCAGCAACAGCCAAGGCUCCUGUCUCUUCACCUGCUCCUUCGGAAGAUUCUGGGGUAGGCCUAUACCGUCAAAUGCUUGUUAAUGAACCCUCUUUUAACAACAAUCUCUGA